AUGUCUUCCAACAACAGUUCUUUGGCUAGUGAAGCCUUAAAAAACAUUAGUAACGAAUUGCCUAAUGUAGCAUCAAUUGAAGAUAUAAGUUCAAAUCCUGCAGUUAUAUUCACCCUAGCUACUACUCUUUUAUUUAUAUAUAUAGGAAUAGUUUUAACCGUUGGAUUUCCUGUUAAUCAAGGGGAUGAGGCAUCGAACGAUGGAUGUAAUAAUUUUCUACUAAUAGAUGAUGAUGAUAAAUACUACGAUGAAACUCAGCAAACCACUGAAGAGUCAGAAAAUAAUCAAUCAAAAGAAAACGAAAAGGAAGAAAAGGAAAAUUCGGACGAAAAUUAA